GGAUAUCUACCAACUGGAAAACUCAAACUCUGUUUAUAUCGACAACGCAAACUCACUAAGACUCAUAUCAUACAAUGCUUCUAUAUACACUCCAGUUUACAUGUCCCUACAACUAUUGUUGAUCCUAUUUCGUAUAUCCUUAAUAUGCUACCUUAA